GCAAGCCAAAGAAGAAGCGUAAAAUUUCGACAGGUGAAAUUUUUCUCUAAGAUUUGUCGUCGUGCUAAAUCUCGGAAUUAGCUGACCUUCCGGUGUUCGCAGGUGGUUCCAGCAAUCGAAAAAACGAUCGCCAAACGUGUGCGGACCUGCUAGCGGUGGAAUUGCUCAGUUUCAAGCGGUGCUUGGCUGUGGAAGACGGUCGGAACUUUUCCACUGCUCCGAGGGCUCUUUCUGGAACAUCACAUAGGCAGCAGUACUGGGACGUGAAGGAGGAGGUUGGGCGACAGCGGGGACCGAGGCCAAAGUGAUUUGAUUUGGUGUGUUAUUCAAGUGAGCUGCUUCUGCUGAAGAGGACAAAUUUCUGAAGGAUAAAAAACUAGUUUCGAGUGGGAGAGUGUGCGUUUGUAGUUUGAUCCGGUUUUGGCUGGCUGGCUAGGUCGGAAAUCAGCAAGGCUUAGCAAUGGCACUUCCGGUUGAACCCGUCCGGGGACCGAUGAUGGCCGUGUAAACACCACAGAAAGGUGGAAAACAACAACUUCAGGUGUUGAAAAGGCGAUUUCCGAGCAAGUGUAAUCGCGCCCACGAUGGAGGGCGACAUCUGCCGGGUGUGCCGCUGCGAGGCCCAAUCGGACCGACCGCUCUUCCAUCCGUGCAUCUGCACGGGCAGCAUCAAGUGGAUCCACCAGGACUGCCUGAUGCAAUGGAUGCGCUACUCGCGGAAGGAGUACUGCGAGCUGUGCGGCCACCGGUUCUCCUUUACGCCGAUCUACGCCCCGGACAUGCCGCGUGUGCUUCCGCUGCGGUACGUAGCCGGGGGCUUGCUGAGUUCGGUGGGGACGGCGGUCAAGUACUGGAUUCACUACAGCAUGGUGGCGGUCGCGUGGUUGGGCGUGGUUCCGCUGACCGCGUACCGAACGUACCGGUUUUUGUUCUCGGGCUCGAUCGACAUGCUGCUGACGUUGCCGAUCGAUAUCUUCUCGACGGAAAAUAUCGCGAUCGACGUGUUCCGGGGCUGCUUCGUGGCCAUGUGUACGCUGUUUACGUUUGUUGGGCUGGUUUGGCUGCGGGAGCAGAUUAUACACGGUGGAGGGCCGGAUUGGUUGGAACGGGACGAUCCUCCGGUUGCGGUUCCGGUAGCGGCGGCUGCCGCACCGGUUGCCGCGCAAGUGGACCCUAAUGGGAACGGUGGUGACAACGGACAAAACGCGGCCCUGGCCGGUGGAGCACAAGACGAUGACAACAACAACAAUAAUAACAACAACAAUGACGAGGAGCAUAAUAACAAUAACAACAACAACUUUGUGGACAACAAUUUGGUGCAGAAUCGGGAAGCUGCACCAGCUGCGGCCGCACCCGAGCCCGUCCCGGAACCCGCCGAACCGGAACAGCCACCGCUAAUAUUCCCCCGGAGAGGCCCCCAAGAAGAGGCCGCCCGGAUGGACGCGUAUCUUCGCGACGCCCGUAUCGAUCCGGAGCGACCACCGCCGCCGCCGCAGGACGCCGACGACGCCGGGGACGCUCCCGAGCCGGAAGCCGUGAACGAACCCGCCGAGGCGGCCGCCGCCGACGAAGCCAACUGGAACCCGAUGGAGUGGGAACGGGCCGCCGAGGAGCUGACCUGGGAGCGCCUGCUCGGGCUGGACGGAUCGAUGGUAUUUCUGGAGCACGUGUUCUGGGUCGUGUCCCUCAACACGCUGUUCAUCUUCAUCUUUGCGUUCUGUCCGUACUCGAUCGGAAACUGGCUCGUGCAACUGCUCGGCAUCAUCAGUCCCGGCAAACCGCUCCUCCACUUCCACGGACUGCUGACCACCCUGCUGGGAUAUUGCGUCAUCGGAAUCACGCUCAUCAAGCUGCACGCCAUCGCCCGAUUCCUGAGAUGUCGCCGUCAGCGACGAAUUCUCGGCCUGUGCUACAUCGUGGUCAAAGUUUCGCUUCUUUCGGUGGUUGAAAUCGGCGUGCUUCCGUUGGUUUGCGGUUGGUGGUUGGACAUUUGCUCGCUGCCCAUGUUCGACGCCUCGCUCAAGGACCGGAAAGCGAGCUUCAAGGCGGCCCCCGGGACGUCGCUGUUUAUUCACUGGAUGUUCGGCAUGGUGUACGUGUACUACUUUGCGUCGUUUAUCGUGCUGCUGCGGGAGGUGCUGCGGCCGGGGGUGCUCUGGUUUUUGCGGAAUUUGAACGAUCCGGACUUUAGCCCCAUUCAGGAAAUGAUCCACCUGUCCAUCCUGCGGCACGCCCGCCGCCUCGUAGCGUCCGCCAUCAUCUUCGGCUCGGCCGUCCUGCUGAUGCUGUGGGCCCCCAUCCAGAUCCUCAAGUCGGGCUGGCCCACCUUCCUGCCGUACACGCUGUCCGGCGACUCGGAGGUCAACGAGCUGAGCCUGCAGCUGCUGCUGCUUCAGAUCAUCCUGCCAGGAUUCUUCGAGCAGUCGCACACCCGGAUCUGGCUGAAGGGACUCGUCCGGAUUUGGUGCAACGUGGUGGCGAAGGUGCUGGGCAUCAAGAGCUACCUGCUGGGGACGGAACCGCGUCCGAAUGAGGACGAGGUGCCGCCACGGGCGCAGCCGGACUUGGGUGCUGGGUUGGCCGCGGCACAUCAAGCGAUCAUGCAGAGGGACGUCCCGGUUGGGUUCCAACCGUACGAUCGGCCACCGCUGUUUGCGGUGAGACUUGCUGGUCUGUUGCUGUUGAUGUGCGUAAGCUUGGUGAUUGGAUCGCUCAUCACGUUGACCGUUCCGGUGUGGAUCGGGAGAUAUGGAAUGGCCCUGUGGUCAAUGGGACAGCACAUCACUCCGCCGCCGAAUGCCGUGGCAACUGGGACGGAAACUCCGCCGCGACCACACGAGCUGUACACGGCCGCCAUGGGAACGUACCUCUGUUGGAUCAUCUCGCGAGGUAUCGCCCUAGCGGUCAAUCUCUUCCCGCAGGGUCGUGCCGUCGUGAUGGAACGUGUCCGGCACUGGAUCUCCGUCGGAGCUUCGUACGCCAUGGCCGUCAUCAUGUUCGUGCUCAUGCUCGGCGUGAUUCCGCUCAUGUUUGGCUUACUUCUAGAACUAGUAGUCGUAGUCCCGCUCCGUGUCCCCCUCGAACAAACCCCCGUACUCUUCCUCUGGCAGGACUGGGCGCUGGGCGUUCUCUACACCAAGAUCGCAACCGCCCUCACCCUCAUGGGCCCCGACUGGACGCUGCGGCGUGCCAUCGAGCAAGCGUACCGCGACGGACUCCGCGACAUGAACCUCAAGUUCAUCAUCCGGGAGCUGGGCGCCCCCGUCAUCACCUGCUUCGGCCUGGCCCUGGCCAUCCCGUACGCCCUCGCCCACUCCAUCCUACCGAUCUUCUUCACCAACCAGGUGACGCGAAUCCUGAUCGCGCGCCAAAUCUAUCCCUUCUUUCUGCUUAUCGCGUUCAUCAUCGCGAUCAUCGUGCUCCAGAUCCGGCAGUUCCGCAAGCUGUACGUGGCGAUCAAGAACGACAAGUAUCUGGUCGGUCAGCGGCUCGUCAACUACGACCACCAGCGCAAGAAACGCACGGAAGCGGCCGCGGCGGCAGCAGCAGCAGCAGCGGCAGCCGCAGCACAACAAGCCGCCGAAGGUGCCGCAGCCCAAGUUGUACAGUAAUCAGGGCGGGCGGGUUGAUGGAAGAGAGAUAGAGAGAGAGGACACUACCAAAUAGACACACAUGUAAAACAAUCACAGCGCGGGACGCCGCAAUCGUGGACGAUACCCCUUGAAUUUCCAAGCGAAAUUCGCGUGUGGCACCUGCUGGGACUGUAGAAGAUAUUACAACCAACGGAGCAGCAGCAGCAGCAACAGCCCAGUCUCACGAACCGAAUGCAUGCAGUAAAAGCAGUUGCGCAUCCAAAAGGAAUUUUUUGUGUUUGUUGUAUCUUUAGUUUAUUUUCUACCGUAAUUUUAACGUGGGAAACGUAUCUUUUCGCGUGAAGCAAAAAGAAAGAAAACAAACAAAAAUAAAACAAGAAGAUGAAAAAAGGCAAAUCAAAUCAGCUAAA